CUUUACAAAAUAUUAAAACAUUACAGACAAUGAUCACAUGGUAAUAACCAACAGAAUAACUACAAUCACACCUGUAAAAACACAACUGAAUCACUUGCUAGCUUAUGACAUACUGUCACUGGCUUCACAAAAUCAACUUAAUAGUCAACUACACAGCAUACUGGGAAUUAAAGACUAGAUACCCUUCUAUUAUAUAUGAUUCUAUUAAUCUGAGUUCAAUCCAAAAUGGGGCAGAAGCAAUCGCUGGUGAGUCUAUCAGAUGAUCUGCAGAUCUUUUACAAUACAAUCUGUGAACUCAGAUGGACUUCUAUUUUUCUUGCAUGUGCCGUGGGUAAAUAAUCUACAUAGAUUAGUUAUGUUCAAAAGUCAGAGACCGACAGGAGCUUGAACUUGGACAGAGUGACAGUCAAUCUUGGAGUGGUGGAACUGCCCAACUUGAAAGCAGAGACACCAUGACUCCCAAUCUGGCCUGGGGAGUUCUCUCCUCUCUCGGUGUCUGCCUGUCGUUCCUCCUGCUCGCUCCCCCCUGCCACGGGGGUAAGAUCCUGGUGUUCCCCGUGGAUGGAAGCCACUGGGUCAACAUGAAGAUCCUGAUGGACGAACUCCACGCCAGGGGACACAGCCUGACGGUGAUCCGAGCCUCCAACAGCUGGUACAUCACAGAGGAGUCGCCUCUCUACGACUCCAUCACUGUUAGGGAAGACCAUGCGUUCGACACCUUCUUUGACGCCUACUUAGAGAAACACAUGAAGGCUCAGCGAGAGAAGGCUUCAGCUCUGACCUUCUUCAGGCUCACCCAGCAGUUCAUGUCCAUGAUCUCUGAGGCCCACCUCCUCAGCUGUCAGAUGGUCUCUCGCCUGCUGGAUGACCAAGACGUCGUCAAAGGCUUGAAGGAUGCCCAGUACGACAUGCUUCUGACGGACCCUGCCAUCGCAGGAGGGGUGGUUCUGGCCAAGUACCUCCAACUGCCCCUGGUCCUCAACGUCCGCUGGAUCACCAGCGGAGAGGGGCACUUUGCCAUCGCCCCCUCGCCCCUCUCCUACAUCCCGGUGCCAGGCUCAGGCUUCACAGACGAGAUGAACUUCAUCCAGAGGGUGAAAAACGUCCUGUUCUACAGCAUCAUCCUGUACCAACAGUGGUUCCUGGUGGGGCCCAGUUAUGACGCGCUCUGUGAGAAACACAUAGAGGGUGGCUGCGAUGUCAUUUCCCUCCUGCAGGAUGCAGACAUCUGGCUUUUUAGGUCAGACUUUGUGUUUGACUUCCCCAGACCCACCAUGCCCAAUGUGGUGUACAUGGGGGGGUUCCAGUGCCGGCCGGCCCAGCCCCUGCCCUCAGAGCUGGAGGACUUUGUUCAGAGUGCCGGAGAACACGGCGUGGUGAUCAUGUCCCUGGGGACCCUGGUAAAUACUUUGCCCAGUGACAUCGCAGAGGAGAUUGCCAGCGUUUUUGCUAAGAUUCCGCAGAAGGUUAUCUGGAAUUAUCGAGGCGAGCGUCCCUCUACUCUGGGCAACAACACCCUGCUGGUGAAGUGGAUGCCCCAGAAGGACCUCCUGGGUCACCCCCAGACCAGAGUCUUCGUGGCCCACGGAGGAACCAACGGAGUCCAGGAGGCCAUCUACCACGGGACCCCUGUGGUGGGAAUCCCUCUCUUCUUCGACCAGCACGACAACCUGUUGCGUCUGCAGGAAAGAGGAGCCGCUAAGAUCUUGGAGCUGCCUGAUCUCAACGGACCAAACUUCCAUCAGACCCUGAAGGAGGUCCUCCACAACCCCAGCUACAGGCAGAACAUACAGAAGCUUUCCCGCCUUCACAGGGACACGCCUCUCAAACCUAUGGACAGCGCCAUCUUCUGGCUGGAGUUUGUGAUGCGGAACAAGGGGGCUCCUCACCUGCGGACCCAGGCCUACAGGAUGCCCUGGUACUCCUACUACUGUGUGGACGUGCUGAUGCUGCUACUGGCUUCAGGGGGGCUCCUCCUGGUCUCCACUGCUGCCCUGCUCAGACUGCUGUGCUGCAGAGGCCGGAGGACGACCAAGACCAAGCUGCAGUAACUGCACUCAGUCGGACCUUCUUCAACCUCGCAGCCUCGAUCGAUUUUCUAUUUAUUUAGGCUUUUUGAAAUGUCGAAAAGGUUCUGAUGCAGCGAACAGUUGAGACUUUGUUUCACAACUGGUUUGACAUGAAAUUCAAGUCAUUUGAUCAAGUGCAUUAUUUUCAAAAUAUAUAUGAACAAAAUAUUUAAUUAAAUAAAAAACAUUCAUUCUCAAAUGGCUGAUCAUUC